AUGAGUUCCCAAAACAGCUUUGGCAAUGCUUCCCUGGGCUCGAACACCGUUAGCGCAGGCAACGCGACGUCCAGUUCCACGGUCCGAUCGCGUCCUCGCCGAUUAGUUUCGCUUAUGGAUGAUGACGACGACAGCAGCGACAGCAAUAGCUACGCUUACCAAAAUGACUCGCAACCAUUUGCCUCCGGGUUGUCCUCGAAUCUCUCGUCAUCCGAGAUCGGUGCCACUCGUUCCCGUGGUGCCACCCCCUCCCCUUUAUCGUCUCGUGGAGUCUCGCCGAUGCCUAUGAAACAUCCCUCCCGCGCCAACGCAUCAAGGAAUCGCAGCGACUACAACGAGGCUUCUUUGUUUGGCUGGAAUGGAUCAUCGAAAGCGUCUUCGUCGCGCGGCGCCGCUGACUUUUUGGACUCGUCGUGGUCGUCGCUCCAGAGUCUAGCAUCUUCGGUGUUGGGGAGUGAAUCGGGGCGAUCUACGCCAAAUAACACGACAAAUACGCACACGCGGAGGAAACCAUCUCGGUCAGACAAGCGCCCCUCGUUCGAAUCCUGCGACGUGGGGUCCUACGACCCCUCCAUCCCAGAAGUCGGAGCUGGAACCAAGGAAGAGCGACAAGCUUUCGUGCAAGCAAAGAAACGGGAGGCACUAUUACUCGCCGAUGCCGAUCCGAUGGCGAGUCCCAGCCGUCGGCAUAAACGACGAGACUCGGGUGAUUAUUUCGAUCAAGGGCCUGACCCGGACCAAGAUGAGGAUGCGCUGGCCUAUAUUCAUCAUGUGCAAUCGUCGGAUACCAUCACAGGUGUGACGAUCAAAUACGGCUGCCAGCCUGCAAUCUUUCGAAAGGCCAACGGGUUCUGGCCCAGCGACAGCGUUCAAAGCCGAAAGACGGUCCUCCUCCCUGUUGACGCUUGCUCUGUGAAAGGACGGCCCAUUCGUCCGACAGAAAGCACGGAUUUACUAGACACCGAUUCCGAGGACCCGAAUGACAGCUCCAUCGCCCCCGCGUCUGGUUCUAAGGGUGUCCUGUCACCAGGACCAACAAUGACAUCGAGUGGGUGUGAAGCGGAGGCUAAUCGGAUCUGGAAACAUGAGUCGUCGGUGGAAAUAGACGGGUUUUCAGCGCCAGUGGAAAUUGGCCGCGUUCCUCGAAGGGCACUGGGAUUUUUUCCUCGCACGCGCCGAAAAUCGACGUCUUAUACCGAUGCCGAACCCCUCUCUAUCUCUUCCCGAGAAGCAACCCGGGACUCCUCCCCAUAUGGAUCACCGCAACCACCAUCAUCUCCGGGAAUUCUUCCUCGAACUCGAAUACAGGGGGAUCAACCGAGUUCAACAGACACACUUGCCUCUCGUUCUCGCCAUCGCCGGCAACGCAGCAGCAUCCACCUCACCGGCACAGGGGUAGGCACACUGGAUCAUUCUUCAACGGCCCCUGGCCCUGCCUUGGAUGGUCUGAGCCGGUUCUUUGCCCAGCAUAUGCCCGCCCUGGCACCCCCUCAACCUCCACCCAACGUACGACGAUCCUCGUUUGACUCCGCAUCGACUGUCACAUCCAAUGCAUCGACCGGUCUUGAGAAUAUCGGCGGGGCUCUCGAAGGAUGGGUUCGAAAGGUGACGAUCCGUGCCAAAGCUGGCAUCAACGAACUGCAGCAGGGGCCCACGAAUCAGCAGGGCAGCAGCCGAGGUCGUAAUAUGUGGGGCUUUGGCGAUUUGAUCGAGCUAGAUGAUGCCCGCGAGGAACGGCAGUCGCCCAGUCCAUUAAGAGCCCCGCGAAGGUCCGACUUGCAAGGGACCUCGUCGUCUUCGUCCUCUUUCCGAUUGAACAGUCCUUCAGCGUCCGCGGCGAGCAGGUCUCGCGCAGCUGGCUUUGGCUCAGGAUCGGCUGCAUAUGGCGAGCGCGUAAAGGACGACUGA